AUGUGCUCUAAAAUCACUACUUUCUUUAGUUUGGUGUUAGUAUUUUGUAGUUUAAGUUAUGUGAGCCCCCUGAAAGUUUUAGGGGUGUUUCCUUACGCAGCUCCUAGUCAUUACUUCUUAGGAAAUGAACUCAUGAAAGGUAUUGCUGCAGCCGGCCACGAUGUUACUAUGAUUACAGUUUUCGAAGAUAAGAAUCCUCCUAAGACCUACCGGCAGCUUGUAUUAAAGGAGGUGCAUAAAUUGCAAUUGGAAUUGUUCGCAAAUAUGUCAAACCUCAAUGAUGGGAGCUCGUACGCAUCAAAAGGUCCUAUUGGUAUGCUCCCCAUUUUCAAUAUGAUUGGUUUAACUGUAACAGAGGCAAUGUUAUCCCAUCCAACAGUACAAGCGUUAAUAAAGUCAGACGAGAAGUUUGAUGUUAUGGUACUCACACAAUAUGCAGUAGAAGCAACAAAAGCAUUAGCUGCACAUUUUGGCGCUCAUUUAGUCCUAUAUAAUGAUAACGCCGCAACUUGCUGGGUAAACCACUUUGUAGGAAACUCAGGUUUACCUUCGUUGAAUCCUGAAUUAAUAUUUGAUUAUCCACAAUUGAUGAACUUUAAGCAGAGAUUAACGAACACUUUGUACACGAUAGCAGCUUAUGUGAACCAUAAUUAUGUACAAUAUCCAGCUCAUGCUGAGCUAAUAAAGAAAUACGUAUCAAAAGAUAUGGACUUGACCAAAAUUCAAUAUAAUGUCUCAUUGGUACUCUCAAAUUCACAUCCUAGCUUAAACAAUCCAGCACCGGCAGUUCCAUGCAUGAAAGAAAUAGCAGGGUAUCAUGUCAAGGAACCAAAACCAUUGCCUGCCGAUCUUAAAAAAUACUUGGAUGAAUCCAAGAACGGAGUGAUUUAUUUCAGCAUGGGUUCUAACAUUUACAGCAGUAGUUUUCCAAAAGAAAAAAGGGAUGGCAUCUUAAAAGCUUUUUCUAAAAGAAAAGAAAACAUUUUGUGGAAAUUUGAAGAUGAAAACUUGCCAGGAAAACCUAAGAAUGUGAGAAUUGAAAAAUGGUUGCCACAAUCGGAUUUAUUAGCUCACCCAAAUGUUAAACUAUUUAUCACCCACGGAGGAUUCCUGAGCACUAUUGAAACUCUUUACCACGGAAUACCAACUGUAUCAGUACCUGUUAUUAACGAUCAACAAACCAAUGCCAGACAAGCUGAAAAGAAUGGCUAUUCUAUUGUUGUAGACUAUAAUACACUCACAGAAGAACAACUUUCGGCAGCUAUAGAGGAAAUUCUUUCUAAUCCAAAAUAUCGCGAAAAUGCAAAAGCUCGUUCUAAAAUCUUCCAUGAUAGACCACUAAAACCUAUGGACGAAGCAGUUUACUGGGUAGAAUACAUUGCCAGGCAUAAUGGUGCUAAACAUCUCAGAGUUGGAUAUGUGGAGUUAGCUUGGUACCAAUAUUACCUACUGGACGUGUUCUUACUUAUAUUCGGAAUUAUAUUUUUGAUUUUGUAUAUAAUAAAGAAGGCACUUAGUUGUCUCUACUGUUUAGUUUCUGGUGGAAACGAUAAGCCAUCAAAUAAGAAACUUAAAUAUCAGUAA